GGAAGUCAGUUUCAGAGAGUCUUACCUCCAAAAGAGAGAAAACACUGAGACCACUGGGAAAGGGAAUACCUAUUAAGUUGUACCACUAAAUGCAUUCAACCGAAAUGUGUCUCUGAAGCGGAGAGAUGUGGGGGGCUGCCUUAAUCGACAUCAUCGGUGCCCAGGGAGCAGUUGUUGUUGGGGGUUAACUGCCUUGCUCAAAGGCAGAACGGCAGAUUUUUCCACCUUGCCGGUUCAGGGAUUGGAACCAGCGACCUGUCGGUUACUUGCCCAACACUCUUAACUGGGAGGAAAUAUCACACUACUACAGUAAAAAUCCCAAGGAGAUUGUGUGAUCGUGGACUAAACUAAAGUACGCUGCAAUUGUACCAGUCAGUGUGUUGCUUGCCUGUCUUCCCCUGGGUCAGAGAUGGCUGCCUCCAUGCCCCUGUUCCUCUCCGGCAUCAUGAUCUUCAGUAUCUCCUUGUACUUGCUCCACAAGAGGCUGCAGGCUCAGAUAGGGACCACUCAUCAACACCAACUCAGGAACCUCACCAUUCUGCUGUGGCACUGGCCCUUCAGCCGCCCCUACAGCCUGGAGGGAGACGUUUGCAGCGACGAGUACGGUAUCCCAGGCUGCCUCCUCAGUGACAACACCUCCAUGUACCCUCAGGCAGACGUGGUGGUCUUCCACCACCAUGAGCUGAGGACGGGUCGCUCCGCCCUGCCUCUCCAUCUCCCACGGCCGGCCUCCCAGCGCUGGCUCUGGCUCUCCCUGGAGCCCCCGGUGAACAACGGCAACCUGACCCAAUACAAAGGACUGUUCAACUUGACCAUGAGCUACCGAGCAGACGCUGAUGUACCAAUGCCCUAUGGGAAGACGGUGGAAGUUCUCGUUCCACCAAACAGCAACAGCAGCAGCUAUGUGAUCCCUAAGAAAGGGGCUUGCCUGGCCAGCUGGGUGGUCAGCAACUACAGCCCUGACCAUGCCAGGAGUCAAGUCUACCAGAGCCUAAGGAAGUACAUUCCUAUAGAGGUGUAUGGCCACUGGCUAAAGAGGCCACUGACCGACCAAAGUCUGAUACCCACCAUUGGCCGCUGUAACUUCUACCUGGCCUUUGAGAAUUCGGUGGCCAUAGACUACAUCACUGAGAAGCUGUGGAGAAAUGCCUACCAAGCAGGGGCAGUACCCGUGGUUCUGGGGCCCUCUCGGUCUAACUAUGAGGCCUUGGUGCCCUCAGGCUCGUUCAUCCAUGUCAGUGACUUCAGCAGCACAGAGCGGCUGGCUGCCUUCCUACAGCAGCUGGCCACAGACAGAGGGCGUUAUGAGGCUUACUUCAAGUGGCGUCAGACCCAUGAAAUCAAGACAUACACAGACUGGAGAGAGAGGCUCUGUAAUAUCUGUAUCAUCUAUCACAGACUGCCAGCUAAAAAGGUGUACUAUGAUCUGGAUGGAUGGGCCAAUAGAUAACAGGCAAAAACUGUUUUUACUGCAAGUUAUUUGGUAACAGUGCAAUUGUUAAGUAAAAAAUAGGUAAGUUAAGAAAUUUAAAAAUCAACAGUGAAAAGGCAUGUCCAACAACCUGUGAUGGGCUGUACUUACAACAGGGCCAGUUCGUUCACACACAAAAUGUCACAGGUAAAACGGGAAAUACAUUAAUUCCUGCAUUGUUGUGAUAGUGUGUGACUUAAACAUCCAUUACAACAUUGCAUUUUGGUCCCCAAUGCAGAAACACCACAGAAAAAUCACAAUUUAAAAACAACUUAAAGAAGGGAAGAGUAAGUAUGAAUGUGUACCCACAGUGUCCGAUCACAUGUGAGGUCCCAUUGACGACAUUCCAGCCUUUACAAGACCAAGAAUUGCCACAAAUAAAAACAUUACACAACCCUGUAAGCUGGCUCAUAAUUCUAUUUAAAUGGCACAAGGAAAUGUCUUUCCCAGCAGUAAUAUUGAGGCUUUCAAGGAUUUUUUUCUCUCAGUAUUUGGCUUCACAUAAUACUCUACGUUACAGUUCAUACCCUUCAUAGGCAGUUGAUGAAUGUCCUCCAUCUCACUCGGUUCGGGGCAAGUUUUUCCAGGUCACACCAGUUGAGGCCGCUCCCAGUCAUUUCUGCCUGGAUCCCUCUCCUCCAAAUGUUUCUGGGUCGACCACAAACCACAAACAAAAACCCUGUACAAAUACUAAAUCUAAACAACCCGUCUCAGAGAAAUGACUGUGCAUUGAAAGUUCUGUAUGUCACUCAAUUCAACCGUACUCCUCUGUAUCCGAAUGUAACUUUGACUAAUUGUGAUGCAUAUGAUUUCAUUUCUAGUGUCAAUGCAGGUUACACACCAAGGUGGUGCCCUAUUCCCUACAUAGUGCAUUUUAUAGGGUAUUCCUAUAAUUAAAUCAUAUGCAUCACAAUUAGGUUGCCAUUUAGAUACUGAGGGGAUGUUGCUUUAUCAUCUCAAUGUCUAUGGAUUCAGGGAACAAUCCACCAAUAACAGAACAUGCAAUAACAGCUCUG